GCAUUCUCUAGACAGAAUCUGGACCUUGCUCUCUUCCUCACUCUCUUUCUUUCUCCCCCUCUCUCUCAUUCUUUCAACAUGGAAUUUGAAAAGCAUGAAAAAGGAAGCUUAUUAAACAAGACCAAGACUUUAGAGGAGAAAGUGACGGUCUCUCCUGGAGAUUCUGAAGCCAAGCCUCUGCUCUUCACAUUUGUCCCCGCUGUCAGAAGACUACCAACCCACAUUCAGUUGGCUGACACUUCUAAAUUCCUUGUUAAAAUCCCUGAGGAACCAGGUGAUAAGAGUCCAGAAGCUGUAAAUAGGUUUGAUUCCAGUGACCACAUGACCUUCAGCUGUGGGAGCCAACAGGAGAGAGGCCAAGGGACACUGGCUUAUCCCUCAGAGCUCACUGGAAGGAAUUCACAAGGAAAGGGAUUUGAGACACAGGAGCCUCAAGGAAUGCAGCAAAGUGACCUCUUCAAAGCUGAAUAUGUUUUUAUUGUGGAUUCUGAAGGGGAAGAAGAAGCUACAGAUAAAAAAGGUGAACAAAGUCCUCCAGGGGGAACAGGGGCCAUAGCGGAUCGACCCAAAUCUUUGGCUAUUUCCUCAAGUCUGACCUCUGACGUGGUGCGUCCCAAAGUACGAGGGGUUGUGCUCAAGUCCUCAUCAUAUCCUGAAGCUUCUCACGGGAUGGCCCCCCAGCAAAAGCGUGGACAGCUAACUUCUCCCACUACCUCUGAGCAGCUUGCCUGUAAACCACCUGCUUUCUCCUUUGUUUCCACAACUAAUCAGAAACUGCCACCGGGCCCAGCUAACUUCAGCCGAGUUUCUGUGCUAGAGGAGUUCUGCACGGGGAGGCUGGACGUCAGUGGGGCGGUGGUAGAAGAAACGGCUGCGUACGUCCACACUGCAGCUCAUGAUUGUCCUCCUACGUGGAAGGGCGCUUCGACACUGCCAUUUUCCCCUUCCACUCAACUGCCAGGUCCUAGUUCCCGGGGUCCAAAAGCAGCUGAUCCAUCACGUGGCCUGGCUUCUGAAACAGGGAAGACGACGGCUACUCCGCACAGCCUUAGUCACAGGGAAAGUUCGAGAACCAGUCCUUCACCUGCUCCUGCUGCUUCUGUGAAGUCUCCUCCAGCCUCCUACAUCCCAGUCCGCAUUGUCAUGCACGCACUGUCUCCAAGUCCCCAGCCACUCACCUCCUCUCUCCAAGGCUCCCUGUCUGCGCUCUGUGGCCAAACGUCCUCCACGGGAAAUCUUUCAAGGUCAGGGGUGAAAUCGCCAGUGCCCUCGCGUCUUUCCCUCCUCACUGCUAUGCUCAGGUCAAACCCUUCUCACCAAAGACCCCUGUCCCCUGCAUCCUGCCCCACCUUCACUCUCAACUCCCUGGCCUCUUCCACUCUCACACUUGAUCAGAAAGCAAAGCAAACCCCACCCACACCUAAAAAAUCACUCUCAAGUUGCUCCUUGAGAUUCGGGUCUCCAGAGCAAGAACCGCAGACUUCUGCGGGGACCCAGCAAUCCCGCUGCCUGCCUCACUUUCCUGGGUCUACCCCGCUUUCUCAGGUGCACCCCCUUUCUCCUCCAGCACCCGCCUUGAGCAGCUUUGCUUCUUUGAAUGUACAGAAGACAGAGCCAGGAACAUUGAAGAGUCCAGUGACUGCCCUGCUACAAGGCAGCGCACUCAGUUCUGCAGAUGCUCCUCCUGUCACACCAAGCUCUUCCUCUCUUUGUUCCUCCAAGGACAGACAGGACGGCGCCCUCAGGGGUCCAGAAAAGCCCAAGGAUGUGUCCACACACACUUCUGCGCUAGCUGCGACUGCAUUACCUCCUGCAUCUCCUGUUAGCGAGAGCACUGCAGUUCCUUCUCUGGAGAAGCGUUUCCAUCCUUCCCCAGCCCUCUCAAGCCUGAUGGAUCGAUCUAACAGAGCCUGCUCUCAGCAGCAUUCAGGCCCGGGGCCGAGCCCUUCUACGGUUCCUUCGGCCGUCUCCAAUGCUAGCUCUGCUUCCUUUCCCAGCUUGGGGCUAUCCAUUCUCCCUUCUGAUAACGUGCCCACCCAGGCACGCCAGCCUAGGCCUUCAGCCCUGUAUCCAAAUAGUGGCAGUGGCACAUUUCCAUCAAGAAUCGGCAAGUCCGAAAGCUCAAUAUCCAACCACAGCUCACCUGUUUCAGCCCCAUCAUUUCCUGUCUCUCUAACGAGAACCAAGGAGCCGAUUACACCUUGGGCAUUGUCAAUGCCAACAGGCCCUGAAAAUAAGAAACCCAAGCCAUACAAGACCAAGUCAAGCUACAAGGCUUUUGCAGCAAUUCCUACAAACACAUUGCUUUUGGAACAGAAGGCACUAGAUGAACCAGCCAAGACUGAAAGCAUCUCCAAGGCCUGCACGAUAGACCCACCUGUGGAGUUCUGUUUCCCUGCACAGCUCAGGCAGCAAACUGAAGAGCUCUGUGCUACCAUUGAUAAGGUCCUGCAGGACUCCUUGUCUCUGCAUUCUUCUGAUUCUCCUUUGAAGUCCCCACAGACAUUGUUGGGUUCUGAAACAAUCAAAGCACCCACCAUUCUUCCAAGAGCAGCUGGUCGGGAAACCAAAUAUGCAAAUCUUUCCUCAUCAUCCUCUACUGUAUCUGAGAGCCAGCUGACCAAGCCUGGAGUAAUUCGCCCAGUACCUAUAAAAUCCAAACUGCUACUGACAAAAGAGGAAGACGUUUAUGAACCCAACCCUUUCAGCAAAUACCUUGAAGACGACAGCAGCCUGUUUUCUGAGCAGGACGUGGCCAUCCCUCACAAGCCUGUUUCUCUUCAUCCUUUAUACCAGACUAAACUCUACCCUCCAGCUAAGUCCCUGCUGCAUCCACAGACCCUCUCACACUCUGACUGUCUAACCCCAGGACCCUUCAGUCAUCUGUCCUCCUUCUCACUGAGGGAUGAACAGGAAAACUCUCCCACUUUCCUUAGUCAGAACACAUACACUAAGCUUGGUCAUCCCAUGGUGGCAAUUCCUGAACAUGAAACUCUUGAUUCUAAAGAGUGACGAAGCUGGCGCAGAAGUGAAGACAGGCUACUGAAGACUUUGGAAUGCCGGUGCUUACUUUUGCUAGAUUUGACUCAUUUUGCUCUCCUUAUGAUUGCUUCGUGUAUGAACUGCAAUGUAGCAGAAGCAGCUAAAAAGAAUUGUUGAGGCCACAGCAUCACAGUGCUCUACUAAACUCAGAACCGGAGUGAUUUACCAAUAGCUUCUCACACAACUGUUCAAGCCUUUAAUGCCUCCUGUUGUGCUGUCAGCAAUACUAACAUUCCCCUGUACUCAGC